AUGUAUUUUUUUUAUGCCGAUAUAGGAAAUUUAACAACGAAUGGAACAAAUGGUUAUUGUUACGACAACACUUAUACUUGGCCUUUUUACGAAAUUGGUAACUUUAGAACGGAAAUUCCACACAUAGUAGAGUUUGAGGCUCAACGAACAGCAUCGUACCUUUACUUUUAUUUAUGGGAGCCAUAUAGCAAUACUGUUGAAAUCGAAUUAUGUGAAAUAGAAAUAACUGGAUGUGAGGUUGACCACUAUGGUGAGGACUGUCUGCCUUGUAAUAAGUCUGAUAAUUGUGAAGUAUGUGAUGUUAACAAUGGAGCAUGCUAUGUCUGCAGAGAAAAUUAUACAGGACCGGACUGUAGCAUAAAUAAUGAAAAUGUCGCUUUACAAACUGAUACUUGGCUAUAUUACUCGGAUUCAUUUUUGUACUACAUGUAUUUACCUUCCCAUCGUCUGUUUGAUGGUUCUACUACUCAACCCAGUUGCAUUGAUUUUACCUCUUCCUGGACUGGAAAGACCUAUUACUUGGACAUGUACGUGUGA